AUGGGCUUCACUACUGGCUUCAUUGGCGGCAUUGCCCUUACAUCUUCCCUCUUCUACAUCUCUCUGAAUCUCCACGAGCGCAACCGUCUGUAUCAAUCAAGUCUCCUGCGCCAACAAUCAAAUCUUUUGCGCAACAUCACAGACCCCCAGCCAAAGGAGCCUUCACAAACUGCUCGUCAUCUGGUUCCUGGCCUUGCUGAUCGUCUCAAGUAUCGCUGGAACACCGAGCUGGAAGCUGCCGUGAGAAAGAUGCAACAUUUCGACUGGGACCAAUGGAGGAGGGAGGCUGAGGACAAGGUUUCUACUGUCUUCAGCAAAGGUCUCGGAAGUGCUGUCGAUGAGGCUGAGAAGAAGACAACCUGA